GUGACACAACACAAUAUGGCAGCGUCCUGUUGUUUUGCUGCGCUUUCGUAAAAGGAAAGAAGCGGUUUCUUUCGCCGCUAUCACGCAAUCAGCUGUUGCCAUUGGCAUCGCAGAUAUACCGCAGCAGCCUCGAUCUCUUAGCUAGCCAGGUCGUUGCAGGAUAACCCAGAGCGUGGAGGCGUUUUCUUUUCAUCCACCUUGAGAAGGAUAGCCAACGCCCGAUCGGCCCGGUUCCGAUGGAUGACGACUACGGGAUCGUGGAAUAUUUUUACGAGCACAAUGGUCAUAGGUGCGGCUACUGCAAGUCGGAAUCGUCAAGCCUUAGUUGCGGCAUGUGGGCACACAGAUUGACCGCAGGAAUUUAUGACGACCUCCUUAACCGAGGUUGGAGGAGGUCGGGCGAGUACUGCUACAAACCAGUGAUGAAGAAGACCUGCUGUCGCCAGUACCCCAUAAAGCUUGAUGUCGCUGAAUUCAGUCUAACCAAGUCACAGAAGAAGCUCCUGAAACGGAUACACAAGUUCUUGGCUACCGGCAAAAGAAAUGAGAGCGGAAAGCCGGACGAGAAAGGCGAUCACUGCUCCGAAACAAUGGGCGACAGAGUCAUGGAAAUGCCCGACUUCUCAGACAAGAAGUCAAACGUGCAACUUGACUUAGAAACCUGCAACCUAAAGCCCUCUGGCGAAGACACGGUUACAAGUGAAAGCGCUGCAAAUGAAGAAAUUAUGAUUUCUGAUUCAAUGGAUCAACAUCCAGAGAAACCACAAGAGUGUUCCAAAGAAGAAACAGUGUCCAAAUCUGAGAUGACAGCUCAUGUGCCAAAGAAAGGUUUGGGUGCUGACCCAAACAAGCCAAAGUGCCGUAAAGCUCGUGACAUUCGUCGAGAAAGGAAGCUUUUGAAACUGAGCAGUGCUGGCAAGGAUCUCAGCCCUGGUGGCGACAAGGCUCCACUGUCCUCAAAGAAACCUAAGAACGAGCCAAAAUCAUUAGAAGACUUCUUGUUUGAACCGCUCCCACCAGAUGCUGCACACAAGCUAGAAGUGCGGACGGUUCUGUCGAACCGCGGGUCACCAGAGUUUGAGGCGACCUUCGAAGCAUCGUGGAAGCUUUACGAGCACUACCAGACGCGAGUGCACAAGGAGCCAGCCAGCCAGUGUGACAGAGAAUCCUAUUGCCAGUUUCUGGUGAACUCGCCGUUACAGUAUGAUCCCAAGGGCCCUUACAGUUUGGGUUCAUUCCACCAGCAGUACUGGCUCGAUGGAAAUCUGAUUGCUGUCGGGGUCAUUGACAUAUUGCCAACGUGUCUCUCUUCGGUGUACCUCUACUACAAUCCAGACUACAGCUUCCUGUCUCUAGGGACAUAUGCAUCACUCAGAGAGAUAGCUUACGCAAGAGAGCUGCAGAAAAUAUGCCCGAGCAUCAAGGACUACUGCAUGGGUUUUUACAUCCACACCUGUCCCAAGAUGAGAUACAAGGGUAACUUCUCACCAUCUAGACUGCUCUGUCCGGAGACGUACACAUGGCAUCCUAUCGAGAAAUGCAAGCCCCUUCUGGAUGCCAACAAGUACUGUCGCUUUGAACAGGACCCGAAUAAAGGUGACGAAAAUGCUGUGCAAGACCUAGACGAGGUGUCGAUUCUGUACAACAGGACGGUCAUCACGUACAAGAAGUACUGCAGGCUUAAAGGAAACGCCGACAAAGCCGAAGUGAAAGAGUAUGCAAAUCUUGUUGGCAAGAAGUGCAUCAAGCGGCUCUUCCUGUACCGCAAAUCCUGAGUGGCAGUGACACAGCUGUUGUGGUGCUCUUUCACCUCUUGUGAUAAGUAUAACUUGGACUGUUGUUUCAACUUGCUGCUAAGUCAGCAGCGAAUGAAUAAACAUAGGAGAAUACCAUUCGCA